AUGCUAGCCACAGUAUAUGCGCUCACAUUCCAGGCCCACUACAUGGCAGACGGGCUAGUCGAUUUCGCCAUCAUGGUCCGAGGCUGCAGCAUCAUAACACGGCGGAUCCUGAACAAAUACAAAGGAAGCGAGAUGUUCAAAUUGCUCACAGACGAUGCCAUCAUUACUAACACUCUACCGCGAAUCCCUCCCACGCCAUACGCCGACGCUGAGAAUCUCAAUACAUCAGUCGAGACCAUACAAAGCAUCGAGCCAUUGUUAUCGUGUGAAAGCCACCGCAACGCCUACAGGGCAUUGUUCAAUACGUACGAUUCAUUGAAGCGCUCGGCGCGCGAUGGCUUCGUCGCUUUCACGGAGUUCUAUGAUGACUGGGGGCGAAUGAGUAAUCGGGAGUUUAUGGAAUUCCUGGAUCCGGGGAAUUAUGUCUCGCGUCUUCUGUUUUUGCAUUUUGUGGUCGCUUCCAUUAUGUUGCGGCCCGUGUUUCGGAUACUGAAGGAACCAAGGCUGUUGAUGUUUCCGAAGGAGGAAUUACCGCUACUGCAGAGGGGUCUUGAUAUCUAUGAGUGCUUGCCUUCUGAGCUGCAGCACCAACCCGGCAAUCAGCACCCCAACACCAAUAUCCUUCUCCUGGCCCUCCCAAUCAUUCGACGAAGCAAUCCCGCUGCCAGCUGCCUGAGUCAGAAAACUAAUAACGUCCGACGUAACAAAGACCCGGGGUAUCCAAGACGGCGAGAUCCUCCCGAACAGCAGUACCGGCUCCUUCGUCUCGGUGUUCGGGCUGGGGGCGGCACGACCACCGGACCGGAUCAAUCGGCCGAUGAGGAUGUAGAGGCUGGCGCAGACGAGGACGGGGGCCACCACGAUGAGGGUUGCGGAGGUGGCGUAGAGGCCGAUGUUGUCGGGUUGUUUUACGCUGGCGGCUCGGAUGGCGUAGGCGGCUACUUCUGUGGCGGCGCCAUGGCGAUGGGGAUGAAAUACAACUCGACCAUCUUCGCCAUUACCUCGGCCAACUCCUACCGAGUAUUCAUUGGACCAGAGGGCUUUGACAAACUGGAUGUACAAAAUAUCACCUCCCACGAUGGAGACACUGCCAACGACGUCUUACUCCGGCUGCAUGCCGAAGCGCAGAAUGGGACCCUUCAACGCCUCGAUAUGUCUCAGUGCAUUAAUGCAUAUGCGACGGACUUCCAGACCACCUAUGGGAGUCUGAUACUUGUGACCAAUGAUACCGAUCAAGCAGGCCAGUACCAGUCAGUCCAACAGCAGGCCACCUUUCUGCCGGUGGAGAAUCUCGCAGCUCAAGCUUCAGACCCGUAUAAGUGGAUUUGUUCAUCACAAAAACAGGCAAAAUAUAGGACUUGUAGUCAACUUCUUCCAGACGUGAAGGACCAAGUUUCCGAGAAUAAUUGGUACGUGUACGGCUACCGAGUCAGAUACUGUCUUGCGGAGCGCCCACCGCAACGCUGCAAGCUAGAAUACAGCCUCCCAUUAGCGAUUAUCGUGGUUGCAUUCAACCUGGUGAAGGCAAUCAUCAUUGGAUAUACAGCUAUAAGUGCGACGACGAAGCCUAUAUUGACAACAGGAGAUGCAGUCGCAUCUUUCAUGCAGAGACCCGACGAGUUUACACGGGGCCAAUGUCUCCUCACUGCGGAAUCCGUGAAAAGGCGGCCCUACCGACCGAGUUACAAGUCGUCGACCUUCAAUAGCACGCCAAAGAGAUGGCACACAGCAGUCUCAGGCAAGCGUUACCUGCUUGGACUUGUCUCGUAUACCGUCGCCAUCGUCACCGUCAUCUCCCUUUGUGCAUUCGGAGUUUCGAGUAUCAGGGAUAAAUCGACCACCUGGACGAUGGGCCUCGGUGCCGUCAACGCCCAGACCCUAAUCACAGGGACCGGAUGGGUAACCUCACUCAUAUCCAACGCCCUUAUCGCAAACACCCCCCAACUGCUCUUCUCGAUGAUCUACUUCACCUUCAACGCCAUCUUCACCGCCAUGACCCUUGCAGCGGAAUGGAGCCGAUAUGCCAACCACCGCAAGGGUCUGCGUGUCUCCGGUACCCCCGAAAACGCCCAACGCAGCAGCUACUUCCUCUCCCUCCCCUACCGCUUCGCGGUCCCGGCGUUGACCUUCUCCGCCAUUCUCCACUGGCUCAUCUCGCAGAGUCUGUUCCUGGUCGGGAUUGAGUCGUACACCGAGGACUUACAACGGAACCCCACGCGGGACGUUAUUACGUGCGGCUACUCUCCUCCAGCUAUGGUGAGCGCGAUCGUUGUGGGGGUGGUGAUGAUGGCCUGGCUGGUCGGGUUCAGUUUCCGGCGGUUGGAAUCCGGGAUGCCCGUGGCGGGGAGUUGUAGCCUGGCUAUUGCGGCAGCUUGCCAUCCUACGUUGAGUCUUAAGGGGAGUGCGUAUGUGGAGGAGGAGGAGGAGGAGGAGGGGAAGUUGGGAGCGGAGCAGAUGAGAGUGCAGUGGGGGGUUACCUCUGUCGAUGCGGACGGGGAGGGACAUUGUAGUUUCUCGAGCGGGGAGGUGGGAGUACCAGAGGAUGGGAAAAUCUACCGGUGA